AUGCACACUGCUGCCGUGAAUGCUGGUAUUUGCCUCGAGAUUAUUGGUGAUGUCAUUGGAAUAUUUAUUGCCCUCUGGCUAGCCUAUCUCAUUCGCGAGUACAUUCUUGAUAAACAACAACCCCACCAUAAACCCCAAGAUAUCUGCCAAAGACUACCAUCUACCUACCAAAUAAAUAGCCCAAAAAGGAAAAAAGACAGGACAGCUACACCCAAAGAUAUAUUAGAUCCACCCCAAUACUACAAAACACACACCAACCAAGAAUAA